CUCGCGCAAUGUAUGCUGGGAUUGCGUGGUGAAGACGAUACGAGUAGGCAUAAAGUUUUGCGGUGUUGUGCGUAUUAGUGUACAAAGGCAGCGACAAUGAUCAAACUGUUCUCGUUGAAACAACAAACGAGAGACGGCGAAGCCGCUGGCAGGGCGUCUAACCAAAAACGUGCUUCUGCUGCGCAAUUAAGGAUUACAAAAGACAUCAAUGAAUUGAACCUGCCGAAGACAUGUCAGAUUGAGUUCCCAGACCCGGACGACUUGCUGAACUUUAAGCUAAUCAUAUGCCCCGAUGAAGGAUUCUAUCGCGGAGGACGGUUUGUCUUCAGCUUUCGCGUGAGUGCAAACUACCCUCACGAACCUCCAAAGGUCAAGUGCGAAACGAUGGUGUACCACCCCAACAUAGACCUCGAAGGGAACGUGUGCCUAAACAUCCUCAGGGAAGAUUGGAAGCCUGUGUUGACGAUAAAUUCCAUCAUCUACGGUUUGCAGUACUUGUUUCUCGAACCGAACCCCGAAGACCCCCUGAACAAAGAUGCAGCGGAGGUACUACAGAACAACAGAAAACUCUUCGAGCAGAACGUCAAGAAAGCUAUGUUUGGUGGCUACGUUGGUGCUACGUACUUUGAACGCUGCUUGAAAUAGUGUCAUAAUUUUUGCCGUGAUUUUCUUUUUUUUUUGCUAGCCAGCCAUUUACUUUAUAUGCCAACGGUUCCCCGCCUAACUUUUCUGGUUCUUUGUAAUAAAACAGACUGAAGCCAGUAUGCCGAGCACAUGUGAUUUGGAAGGUAUAUAAAGGGGUGCCUGUCAGGGUAAAAUAUGCUUCAGAAACAAUUGUUGUAGCGCCAGGUAUCUCCUUUUUUUCCCGUAUGAACCACUGGGAGUGCAGCGUAACAAAUCAGUAAACCUCUAUUCUUGGAAGAAAAAGCAAAAAAAAAAAGCCACUUUAGUGGCUCCAACUGUGUGUAUGUGCACUCUGGAGUUCAAGGACUUUGUCAGUGUUCUCUGAAGUAUAUAUUGUAAAUACUGCUUGGGGGUUUGUCGUGUAUGCCUCCUGUAUUGUAUGCACUUGGAGGCAGGACCGUUCCCACCACUUCGAAAGGGGAUUUGUCUGUUGCUGAGAAACGUGAUAGUAAAGACUCGAUUGUGUGUUUGGA